AUGAACUUACAAGCCAUUUUAGAAGAAAGUAAUAAAAAUAGCUUUUUAGCUUUUCUUGAUCAUGAAUCUGUGGCUUCUUCUGAUUAUCAAUUAGCCAAUGUUAUUAAACGUGGUAGAUCUCAGUCUACUAGCAAAUACCACUUAAGAACUGCAUAUGGAAUUUUUAAUACUGAUGAUGAUGAUUCAACAAUUCUAACUGAUGAAGGUUUUACUGAGCUAAUAGCAGAGGCAUUUCCAUUUUACAAAUUAUCCUCAGAAAAGAUGGUUAAAUCAAUAUUGUUAGAAUCUUAUAAUUAU